CUUCCCUUCCCUGUCAUCGGCGAUACCUGAAAUCAAACCUCCCCCAAAUUUUCCUUUCAAUUUUCCCAUCACUCAAACAGACAAAAAAACACCCGACGAAAAUUGAAAAACAGAAAUAAUGGACAAGGUGGUGGAAGAAGUGGAGAAGACAAAGAAAGAGUGGGACGAAGCCUAUUCAAAAACCCAACAACAUAUAAAAGAGAUUCAGGAAUAUGGGAACUCAACAAUGGAGGAAACUAAGAACAAAAAUUCAUUGCCCAGAUUAAACGGAUUGGCUCAAGACGGUUUGGCUCUUCUUAAUUCAUUGCAAUUCAAUCUCGAUCUUCUCGCUCCACAACUUCCUACCGAUGAUGAGGUCCAGUCUGCUAAAGCUUUGCUCAAAACUUGGAGAAGUCAAUCCCAAAGUUUGAGAAUGAAUCUGAGGAAUGCGAAUUUACAAGCAAAGGAUAAUAUGAGGAAAACUGCUCAAAAAGAGAGAGAACUUCUGCUGGGUGGUGGAGAAGAAUCCACAGUUCGUCGGCGCAAUCUGCAGACAAAGGCCGGGAUGACGUCUGCAGCAGAAAGCAUCACGGAGAGCCUGCGCCGUAGCCGUCAAUUGAUGGUUCAGGAGGUCGAAAGAAGCACAAACACCCUCAUGACUUUCGAGGAAUCAACGGGAGUAUUAAAGAAGGCUGAAAGUGAAUAUAAGGGACACCGCUCAUUGUUGUCGCGAACUCGGAAUCUACUGUCCACCAUGCAACGUCAUGAUGUUAUUGACAGGAUAGUACUCAUAGUUGGGUUCAUCUUGUUCUCGUGUGCUGUACUUUACGUUGUUUCAAAACGUAUUGGCAUACUUAAGUUGCAAAGGACAAUUACCGCAGCCAUAAAGGCCGGUAUUGCUGGAAAACCAGAGCUUGCUCGCAAAGCUGUAGAAGAGGGUAUUAACCAAGGUCGAUUCGACGGUAAUGUAGUUCCCGAUAAAGGACUCCCGUUACAGCAACCCAUGCGUGAUGAACUGUGAAAAUGAUGUAGUUUUCUUUCUCUCCUUUCUCCUUUAUCAUUAUGUUUGGUUAGAGGGGAAAAAAAACAGCACUAUUUUUCUACGUUUUUUAGACUCUUAUUUUUUUGUCAUAAUUAUAAAUUUGGCUCACAAUAUUUACAUUUUU